AUGCACUAUUCGACCCCAGGUCCGUCCAGGCGGAAUUUCGACCCCGACGCCUCCCUGGUGCUGGUCGGGAUCCGGGGGUCUGGCAAACGGUCGUUGGGCUUCAUCGCCGCCACGGCCUUGAACCGCCGUUUCAUCACCGAAGAUUUCUACUUCAAAGAGGUGACCGGCUACACCCGCCAUGAAUUCCUCCAGAAGUUCGGCAGCCAUGAGUUCCAGCGCCGCGAUAUCGAGGUGCUCAAGAUGAUGCUCGACAACCAUCGCACGCGCUGCGUGAUCGAGUGCGGCCUGGGCAGCCUCACCCGCGAUAUCCAGGACCAUCUGCGCCAGUAUUCCAUGACCAACCCCGUCGUCUACCUGCUGCGCGAUAUGGAGCAGAUCCAACGGUUGCUGCGCCUGGAGGACCAGUCCGCGAGGCGUCUUGUCCAUGGCGGCCCAUCCCACCGGACCUGCUCCAAUUUCGAGUUCUACAAUCUCGAAGAACGGCCGCCUCCAUCCCUGACCGGGGACGAAGGCACCCCGGAUCGACGGUCCGAAAACUACUCUUUCAAACUGAAGGAUGCCAAGGAGGAUUUCACCCGCUUUGUCCGGUUCAUCACCGGUGCGACGGCCACCGAUCCCGGCUUUGACUCGCCCUUCGUGCUGCUGGAGACGCCUCCGGAAAGGAAGUCGUAUACUCACGCCGUCUUCAUUCGAUUGUCGGAUCUGAUAGACGGGUUCGUGGACCUGCCGGAACUGGAGUCUGGCGGGGAUGCCAUCGAGCUCUGCGUGGACGUGUGGAGUCCAGACGUCGUCAGCCUGGUGAGCAAGCAGGUUUCUCUCCUCCGACGGAUUGCCAAGGUCCCCAUCAUCUACUCGGUCGACAUCCUGGCGCUGGGCAUCGAUCCUCACAACGGGCAUUCCCAACACCUUCGCGAUCUCUACUUUCACAUCCUCGAGCACGGUCUGCGACUGGGGGUCGAGUACUUGGCCGUCGAUCUGGGGCAAGAUCACGACCGGUUAACACAGAUCGUGCGCAGUCGGGGCAUGACCAAGAUCAUCGGCCAUUAUGUCCUGGAGCCCUCCUCCGGCGUGUCGUGGGAGGACGACGCCUGUUUCUCUCUCUAUCUGGAAGCUGAGCGACUGGGCUGCCAGCUUGUGCGCAUCUUGCGCGUGGCGACCACCAGAGAAGACAAUGAGGCGGUCCGCAAGCUCGUGGACCGCGUGCGAUCCCUUCCCGGGACGCACCCGCCCAUUAUUGCGUACAACCUCGGUCUGAUCGGCCGCAGCUCCCAAGUCUUCAACCCCAUCUUGACCUCCGUCACUCACCCGGCCGUCAAGCGGCCGGCCCGCAGCGAACGAGACCCCCACAUCACAUCGCAAGAUGCCAUUCGGGCGCUGUUUCAGAGCUACAUGCUGGAUCCGCUGCGGUUUUACAUUCUCGGCGCCAGCGUCGCCUAUAGCAUCUCGCCCGCGAUGCACAAUGCUGCCUACCGCAGCUGUGGCCUGAACCACGUCUACAGCAUCCCCGAGUCGCCGUCCCUGGCGGAGCUGGACCGGUGGUGCCACGAUCCGAAUUUUGGCGGCACCAGUGUCGUCCAGCCAUGGCGAGUGACGGUGGCCCAGCAACUGAAAUACAAAAGCCGCCAUGUCGAGGCCAUUGGGGCCGUCAACACGGUGAUGCCGCUGCGGGCGAGCGCCGAUGGGAAUAUGUACCCGCUCCCGGAGCAGGCGAGCCGGCGCAACCAAGCCGGGCGCGUGGCGGCCUGGUGGGGGGAGAAUACGGACUGGAUCAGUAUCCUGGUCUGCUUCCGUCGCAACCUGUCGCCCCGGAACGCCAUCAGUCGGAAGACGACGGGGCUGGUGAUUGGCGCGGGCGGGAUGGCGCGCGCGGCCAUCUACGCCAUGCUGCAGCUGGGAUGUCGCAAGAUCUUUAUUCUGAACCGGACGAUCUCGCGCGCGGAGGAGGUGGCCAAGCACUUCAACUCGUGGAUGGCGUCCUCGCAGCCGGAAUCGGGCACGGUGGUGCGGGUGCUGCGGUCGGCGCAGGAGCCCUGGCCGGCGGAUUUCGCGCCUCCGUCCAUGAUUGCGUCCUGCGUGCCCGAGUCGCGCGUGGGGGAUGAGCCGCCCGCGAACUUUGAGAUGCCGUUGCAGUGGCUGGGCAGUCCGACAGGAGGAGUCAUUCUGGAGCUGGCCUACAAACCCCUGGACACGCCGCUUCUCAAGCAGAUGCGUCGCAUCCGGAGCGAGACGGGACAGCCGUGGGUGCUGGUCGACGGGCUGGAGGUGGUGGCGGAGCAGGGCUUUGCGCAGUUUGAGCUGAUGACGGGACGGAAAGCGCCGCGGCGACUGAUGAUGCAGGAGGUGUUGCGCAACUAUGUAGGAGAGGAUGGGCCGCUGGACGAGAGGACCAUCCAGGCGAGACUCGACCGGACUUUCUAG